AUGGACUUUCAAAUAUGGCGUUCAACGAAUACUCCCUCAGGCGAGCAACCGGUUGUCCAUGCGCGGACUUACAUUGAACGUCUCAACUCGAUCCUGAGCGAAGAAGCUCGGGGACCCGCACCGCACCCCUGUGUCGCUUAUGCAGCAUCUUCCCAGGUCUUUGUCACAGUAACCAAACUUGCUCUCUCCUUCCACGAUGAAGGAGUGGUCCGAUCCGCCACGAUUUUCUUCAAUACCCUGAUUGACGCGGAGGUGGACGGGGUCGUGGAUAAUCGCCUGUUUGCUCGCGCGCUGGUGGAUUUGGUCCGUCGUGCCGAGAAGACCUCGGAUGAGAUCGAGGGUCGACUCGUCGAGUUGAUAUUUGGUAUCGCCAACAACAUUCGACUGCAACCUGUGAUAUUGCCGGCAUGGUUCGUGCCUCGUGUAACACCUGUCGCCCAAGAUAGCGAGUCCCAAGCCCCGAGUGGGACGGAGUUUGCAGGAGCUACAAGGAAGGACGAGUUCCCUCUGUUUUAUUUGUUGGUCGACUAUGUUCAUCAUGAAGGACGUGCCGGCGACUUUGCGCGCACAGGGUUGCUCUAUCUCAUUGAAACGGCAUCUCGGUCUAAGAAUCUAGAGAAGUGGCUGAUCGAGAGUGAUCUGGCAACCCUCAUGGCUACUGGACUGGGCGCACUAUACAGCCAACUGGGACAGUAUCCCUCCUUAUUGGAAUCGUCGGAUGUGGCUGGUGGUUCGACAGCAGCGGUGCUGACUUACAUGUGCCGCAUUCUCGAAUCCAUCGAUCAAGGCGAGUUGGUUGAUCGCAUCUUACGUUUCUUACUGGCAUCUUCCCCUCAGCCCGAAGAGCAAAUGGAUAUGUCCGCAAGCCGACGGAAAUCCCUUAAUGUGCUUGCUGCAUUGGCUUCUGAAGCGGCACAACCAUCACCUUCCCUGUUUAAUCUUCGCGACCUAUCCCUCUUGGGACUUCAUUCAUCAAACCGCCAGACCGUGUUAGCUACAUUGCGACUCUUGAGCACUGUUCUUCAAAGACAUCAUCCUUUUGCGCGAGCCUUGAUUCAUACUAUUCCUACUCAACCUGCACAGCAGCGCCCGGUUGGCGCCUUGAGUGCUGAGCUAGAACAUCUGUUAUCCAUGGGCACAUCUCUCGUCGAUGAUCCUACGCUCAAUGAGUCCUAUGACAACUACGUUGCGGAUGCAACAUGGGUGCUUGAAUCCCGCUUAUGUUUGCCUGUUGCUUCAUUGGAGGAAGAGGAGGAGACGCUACACUUACCUUUACAGAUCCAGCAAGAUGAUCCUAUAGUGCAGGCACUUUUUGGUUGUCUUGGCUCUUUCUUCACUAAUAGUGUCAUCGUCAACCUGGCAUUGACAGGCGUAUUAAUGAGUCUAGCAUCUUCACACCUCUUCUCAUUGGAUGGGUGGGUCUUGGUCGAUCCCAACCAAUACGACCCUCCAUCUUCCGAAGAUACUGGCGAUGAGUUUGAACAUGUUCGUCGGGCCUAUCAGACACCAACCUGGCCUGUUACAGCUGCUCCCGCCUUGACAUUAGCGCUCCAGCAGCUCGUGGAUCAGGUCCGACAAUGGCAACAAGAACUCCCCGAUUUUGAUGUACUAGUCGCCGCUCGACGAGAGCUUCUGCACCAGGACGAUCGUCCACAGACACCAAACCGAUCAAGAGAGUCAUCAGAGCCCCCGGUGCCUUCAGCGAAUCGCUCGCGCCCGACAGAUUCACCGGAUGCCUCUGCCCCCGCCUCCCGAGGCCGGUCUCCGCACCCAGCACAUUCGUCCUCUACGUUCUCGAGUCCUCACCGAGAUGGUUCCUCUGAUCCUCCUGCCUCGCGUGGUUCCGCAGAUGCCCGAACCGCGGCCGCUGAGGCUCUUCGCCAGCGUCUUGCCACACCAUUCCCGCCUGCGCCCGCGGAUCCACACUCCCCGUCUGCCGAGGAAGCCUCCGAUUCAGAAGAUACCGACGAUGCCCCAGUCGCAACACUAGGCCAUGUGCUGACGAAUGUGGUGAUUCUUUAUGAAUUCCUCCUCGAGCUAUCGGCGGUUGUGCAAGUUCGAGGAAGCUUGUUUGAGGAGGCAGGAUAUGAUUGUAAUUAA